UAAAUAUUUGGAUAUUGUAAGUUGAAAUAAUUCCUUUUUGUGUUAAAUUUGCCAAUUUUUAACAAAGAACUAGCUUUCAAGACGAGGUAAUGGAUGAAAUUUUGUCCAAAGAAGACGUUAAGGUAAGGAAUUUAUAUUUUAAGCGGAAAAUUAUAAUUGAACACAAGCUUGGAUCGUUACUUCCCUUUUGGCUUAGCCAACACCGCAGGGUUUGACACAGUAGAUAACAUUUUAGCAGUAAGAAUUCACAAUGAGAGUAAAAAUGAUCGCCAUUAUCCAUACUACAGACCACGUACAUGUAUUCUAGGUAAGGAAACGUCGAGGUAAUAUUAAUUAUAACGGGUCAUUUACACUGUAUCUCCUUGGAGCCGGAUUCUCGAAGUCUUCCCAAAACGUUAGGAUUAUAUCCCAGCUUAUGUUUAUUGUUGUUCAUUCAAAAUAUUUCUACGAUUCUGAUUGGCUCAAAGUCCCGGGCUUAUUCUUCAUACCAGCAACAUUUGACCAAAUUGGGGACACCUUUGUCCUUUGAGAUAUCCAAUCAAAUGACAACAUCAAUACAUCAUAACAAAUGCCAGAAAAAGAAGUCAAUUAAGAAGCCCUGGGUCAAGCUUGUGUUGUUCUGGUAGAGUAGUUUAUUAUUUGCUCAAUCAAUAAUUGCUUGAACAUUAUCUCCCCCCCCCCCCACCACAAAAUAAAAUAUAUAUAACAUACAUUGGAAUCCCACUCUAUGGACCCCCUCUUAACACGGACACCCAUAUAUAACGGACAGUGUGUUUGUCCUGGUGGAAAACUGAUAUUUUUUUUCUAAAACUGACCUGCUUAUUAUGGACACCAGUUAAUAGGGACAGUAGACACUUUUUGUGUCCCAAGUCAAACUCUCAUGGGUUACUUGUGCACUGCCUAUUUUCAUUGUCACAUUCCAGUGCUUAAUAUAGAAUUGUACCCAGUUAAAAUGUUGACAGAUUUUUAUGAGCUGAUACAAUUUUAUUACUUAACAAUAUGCAGUACCAAAAUAGGGUGACAUGUUUGAAGCCAGUCUUACUUCCCGUGUUUGACCCUUGUACUGAAGCUCACAACAAAGUUUUCUUCCACCUCCUACUACACAAGUUUAACUCCCUGGGCUUUAUGCUGCAGUCUUUGAUCUUUCCCACUUUGUUUUGUGUGUUAAAUAUUAAUUCUUUUUCCACAAAUGUUAUCAAACAGAUUAAGUAAAGAAUAGAUUUUAGGCCAUAGGCGGCAUGGUUUUGAUAGAUGCUCAGUUCUUUGUGUUUUGUGCUCAUUUUCACUUUCCCUUUCCUCAGCGCUUUGAGGAAGCAUACAAUGCUGAACUUGAAAAAGGACAGGUUUCCUCAGACACACAAUUUAGCUAUGCCUGGUGUUUAAUAAGAAAAGGUGAUAAGAAUGACAUUUCAAAAGGAGUGUUUCUUCUUCAAGGUUUGUACUAUCAAUAUUUUUAAUUAUUAUUAAGCUAGAAAAUUAAGAAUUUUUUAUUUAUUUUUUAUUUUUUUUAUUAGCAUCACCAAAAGUCAGAACUAAGAUCACCUUAGGGGAUAGGUCGUUUAGUUGUGCUGCCUCCAGACUUUGGAACCUUCUGCCAUCUAUGAUGCGGUCUAUUUCCAGUCUAAAUCUGUUUAAAAAUAGACUUAAAACUUUCUUAUUUAGUAAGGCGUUUAAUUGGGAAUUUUAGCUUUGUAAAUUUAGGUUUUAUUUUCCAUCUUUAAUCAAUUUCUUAUUUAAGGUGCAGUUGAAUAUUUUCAUAGAAACUGCGUGGUACAAAUUUCUAUAAAUAAUAAUAAUACUAAUAAUAAUCAAUGUCAUACGUAGGAAUUUCUUAUGGGAGCGUGAGAAAGUGAAUGUCAAAUUUCACAAAAUUACAUCUUACAGAUGAAAGUUUUAGAAUUUUACCUGUAUAAUCACAAUUCUUGUGAAAUUUGACGUUUAUUUUCUAGGACUUCCAUGAGAAAUUUUCUUUGGUGUUACUACAGAUCACUUAUUACAUCUUAAGCCCUUGAAAAAUGUAAAAAAGAAUGCAAUAUUUUUCAAAUUAUUCUGCUACAAGAUUUUUGUCCCCUGAAAAUUAAAAUUACUCAAUUUCCUGGUGGAUUUCAUCUUAAGUUGAUUUUGGACUUCCAUGUUAUGGUCAACUGACAGCUGUCAUAAUAGGGUAUCCACUGACCAGUGCCACAUGACUGUAUUGGGGGCUCAGGUGUACAACUCAAUAUUAAGUCGGAUGUUUUUCUUUUAAAGUUUUCUGCUGACCAAUGGAUUGCAGGCAAAGAAAACUUUACUUUGGAAAAGACAUUUCUUCAAAGUUCCCAUGAGAUAUUCGUGCUACAUCUAUACCUCUAUAAAAUUAAUGAUCCUAACCAGCCUGGAUUAGCAUCCAAAUUUCUUACCUUUUAUUGACUUGUUAUCUUAUGCAAGUGCUAGUUGUUUUAUAAGUAACCUUUUUAUGUCUUUAGGGCUGUGUCACAGUGGCGCUGAUCAAAGAGACUAUUUGUACUUUAUUGCAGAGGGUUACUAUAAGUUAAAAGUAAGUUUAAACUGAUGCAUCUUAUUUAAUCACCUUUAUUAGUGAACUCUGUAAGUACUCAACUCCACACAUACAUGUACCAAUUGUGUAAGAAUUUAAGCUUUUUUAGAGUAUAACUUUUCUGUUCAACAGUGAAGGGUUGUGUUCAUGAAAAAAUAUGAUAAAGUUGCAUUUAAAAGAAAUCAAGCCUUAGCUAAGGGUUGUCACUAUAUGGAAUGUGAUUGGUCAAUUUAGAGGGCAGUAUUCUCCCCCUCGCCCACCCCCCAUACAGCUGUAGGUUAGGGGGUGGUGACUAUCCCCUGUUUGUUGUACUGAUUCCAGCCACUUAAAGAGACAAUAACAUCUUAUUCUUACUAUAAAACUUUUCUCUCAAACAAACUGCAAAUUAUAAGAGUGUACCUUAGUUUUCCAGACAUUUGUCAGAAGUAUGAAAACUUAAGCUGUAAACUUACAUGACUGUACAGUAUGCUGUUCCUCAAACUCACUUCAUUUACAAGUGAUAUAGGAAGUUAUUUGUAGUGGACUUCCAUAUCUUUUAUGUGGCAGGAAUAUAAGACAGCCCUAAGAUACACAAACAGAUUGCUACAGAUUGAACCUAACAACCGACAGGCAAUUGAGCUGCAAGAGAAGAUCAAUGACCAAAUGAAGAAAGGUUAGUUAGCCUCUCUGGAAUAACCACAACGUUGUCACGAUCAUGACUGGGGUCAUUAUUGGCUUCAACUGGGAAAUAGGUUUUUUCUCGAAAACUGUAAAUGCCAGACAUGCUCUAUAAACAAAGCAUUUCUGGCUAGUUUAUAGACGCUUAACGUCAAAUGUCAGGAGACAAAAGUAGGAGGCAAGGACAUCUCCCAGGCCUCACAAAUUCUAGUCUUUUUUCUUUGUGUUAUAUCCAUCACUGUUGUUUUGACCAGAUAACUUGAACAAAAACACAGAGAAACAAAACAGUUCGAGUUAGUGAGGGGGUUUAGUUAUUGGGGUUGAUUGCAAAAUUCGAUUUGCCUUCCUAAUAAUUAAUAGUUACUGAUUUUUUAGCACUUCAGUGUAUGGUGCAGUGCCAAUUUAACUUAUUUCAUCAGAAACAGUAACAGCAUAAGGCAUUUUUUUAUGAAUAAAUAUGAUAAAAUGCGAUCUGUUCGUUUUACUCAUUAAAAUCAAAUUGCUUUAGUGUUGACGAGUGUUAGUUUUAGUGUUUUUACCCUUAUACAACAAGAGCUAAUGGGAUGGCAUCCGAGUGGAGUUAAAAGAACCAAAGUUUGGGUUAUUGGGGUAUAUUUUAGUGACAUUUUGUUCAAGAAAAAGAAAUUUAGUUCAAGUAAGUGGGGAAUUCGAGUUUUCCAAGUUCCAGUUGACUGAGUAAAAAUGACUGGAAAGUGGGGUGAAAUCCAAGGCUGGAAAUCAGACUUAGUUCAAGUUAGCGGGGAGAUCAGGUUAUCUGUGUUCGAGUUAUCGGGUUUGUACUGUAUUGUUGUCUUUUAUCCUUGCAGAUGGUUUACUUGGUCUUGGCAUCUUAGGUGGUACAGCUCUUGUUGUCGGUGGUGCUGCAGCUCUUCUGGGAAUGGCAUUUGCAAGUCGCAAGUGAACCUUUGAGUGUCAUUAGUAUAUUAUCAUGAUUGUAAUAAGCCUAAGAAAAUUGAAUUAGAUUUUACAAGGAAAAUAUGUACCAGAUAAGAGGCAAUGAAUAACUUGGCUUAAAUAUUUUUAUAUUGAGUCAGUACUCUGUUGGCUUAUUCUGAAAAUGUUCCAGAAUUUCCUUCAUAAUUAUAGACAUUAUUGACUGAGUAAGGGCCAGUGUGCGAGGUGAAAUUAAGCUGCACUUUUAUGCAUAUUAAGCUGUGACUGAAGUAAAAAGAGCUUAUCGGUAGAUGUGGCCGGUCAUUUACUUCUAUCAGUGAGCCAUUACAGGGGGCUAUCAAGCAUGAAUGCACCGUGGAAGCGGUUUAUGGUCAUUUCGAUAGGAGUUUAUGUAGUCUAGGUGUAAAUACCCUGUUCCAGGCUCUGAGAUGGUGGUGGAAAGUCGUUCAGUAAUAAGAAAUCGGAAAAACGCGCGGGGGUUGGGGAGAGACAGGGUGGCGGCCAUCGCCCCCUUUCCUAAGUCGUGCCCGUCUUAUUUUCGCUUUGCUCGUUUUAAUACGUUCCCCCUAUACUAUCUGAGAUUCUGGCACAGGCUAAGGUGUAAAUAGUUCCACGUACUUCGCCUAAAGAACGAAGAACAUUUACCCAAAAUGUUUUUCAUGUUCACCCACAAACUAUACUUGAAGUGAUCGAAAUUUUUGUGAAAUUUCACUGCUUGAGUUGGUUGCGAAACGACCAAACUCGGUAAAAGCAGUGCAGUCAUAUCAGGGAGCUUAAACAAAGACAUUUUUUUCAAUGAUACACGUCAACCGAGGUUGGAGUUUUUUUAUUUUUGGGUGGCGGUUUUGCUCAUAUUUUCAGGCAAAUGGUCACAAUAAGAGUAAAGGCACUUAACAAUGCAAAUUGGUAGCGACAAGGUGUAAGGGGAAAGGCCUUACUUCUGGUUGACCUGCUUUGCUCAAAAACACCUUUAAUUAAGCUCCUCAAUAAUAGAGACAAAAACCUCGGCGAAAACCUCGUCUAAGAUAAUGCUUUGUUUUGAUUUAAACAAGUUAUAUGGUAUGGCAUAGGAAAAAUUAUUAUUAUUAUUAGUAGUAGUAGUAGUAGUAGUAGUAGUAGUAGUUGUAGUAGUAGUAUUGUUGUUGUUUCAUACAAUAGGCCCUACCCUGUUUAUCAGGCCUUUCUCAGUGGUUAGGGGAGAGGAGAUACUCAGGCUCAAUAGGCCCAUUGCUAAGUUGUAAAACUGAACAAAGCAUUAAAUUAGAGCUAAAAUCAACAGGGAAAAGAAGGAAAACAAGUUUGUUAUGAUAUACCAUAAUACCAUGUAUGCUUUCGUAAAGUUUAAGGUAUAAUAUUUAAAUAAGGGGUUCAAGGGUGUGCAGUAGGCUAUUUUUAAAUUCUAAAAAGGAAAAGGCUCUUUAAACUCGGCAUAGUAGCCGAUAUUUUUUGCUUCUGCUGUGUUCCAUUUUCACACGACAUUACCUGAACGCAACCACAAGUGCACGGUGAAAUAAAUAUCCUUUACGCUUGCGAUUGUGCUUGCCCUUAUGCUUGCGUCUUUAUUGAAAACCAGGCUUUACUGAUUUCAAGUAACUUACUGGGCUCCUAGAGGUGUAGCUUAUUACAAAAUAAACUAUUAAAGGUUCCGGCAGUAUCAGUUUGAAAUUUGUCAUUUCGUUUUGUUUCCCAAAAAUUAUACCAUAAGUCAUCGACACUCUCAUAUCAC